UAGUGUGGAACGGUACACUUCUUGUCGCACACUCGCACUACAUUUUCAGUGUGCAUUCCGGUCAGUGCUGUACACGCACACGCGCACUGUUCGCUGUGCCGCUGACGAUAUUUCGUACGUUAAUAAUAAUAUUAUUUUUAUUAUUAUUGUUGUAUUACUUGGAAAGUAUAUUAUUCGCUCCCCUCCUCAUAUUGUCGCGAUUAUCGUCAUAGUUGUUGUUGUUGUCAGCGUCGUUCUCCCGUGGUGAUAACUCGUCGUCUCAUCACCGAUAACGCUCCGCGAAGUGGACGAUGUAGGUUUCCAUCCUGUCCGGCGUACACUAUACUAGCCCGUGAGUGCGUUUUUUCAUUUCGUCAUUUUCCGUGUUUCAUACCCUUAGUUUUUCGUCAUCCAACCGUUGUAAUAAUAUCGUUAUCCCAUUUUUUGUUUUUUUUUUUUUUUUUUUUUUUGUCACCGUUACUUUUUGGGUAGAGCUUACAAGCCCGUCUUGCUAUGGUACAGUCUAACAUCUGCAGGAACAGAUUUCGACCAACACGAUGCUACGUGCGACAUGAACCGACGAGUGUAAGGUUGGUGGUCGCCGGUCGGAUGACGAUGCUAUUAUGAUACUAUGACCGAGCCGCUGCUACGUUCGGACGGCGAAUAAUGACCGUCAGCUGUCAUCACAUUUGAGAUCUGAGCAAUGACUACGACGGCAAACCAUCGGACGUCUGCAGGUAACAUGGCGCCCGAGCCGGAGGAAGACAUCGCGGCCAUCGCGAAACAAAUAUCGGACCACGCCGAGGCUAUAUACCAGACAUGGAAGGCCCGGGGCUUGGCGCCCAACGAGAUACUCACGUGCCAUCGUGACUCGUCGGCGGCCGACAAGUUCGGCUCCGUGUUGACCCCUCAGCCGAAACCGGCGGCGGACGCGGUGCACAAGAACAUGUUGACCGAUCCGAACACCAACAACCUGGAACGGUUGGUGAACAAGUUCGUGGUGGAAGACAAAGCGCGGCUGGCGGCGCGGCAAUCGCGUUCGUUGUCGCCCAAGCCGUUCGCCUCGUCCAUCCAGUACGCGUUGCAAAAGUUCGAACAGAAAGCGUCCAGCCUGGAACAGGUGAAACCGAACGGAAGUGCCGCGAUAAAGAGGUACAGCAAAUCGCCGCUCAAAAGUUACCCCGACGACUUCGUGCCGGCCGCCGCCACCACCGCCAAGAACGCCACGGUGGCGCCCGUCACGGCGAUGACCAAUAACGACACGGCGUCGUGGCCUUUUCGUAAAAGUAAGACGGACUCGUCUCAGAAGUCCAACGACUUCAUGGACGAGGUGGCCAAAGAGGAACAACGACUGAUCGACGCGCUGAAAAACGGAUCGGUGAUCGAGAACAGGAAGAGCGAGAAGCCCGCCGUGCCCAGCAAGGAAGGAGUGCUGCGCUCCGUCGGCUACGACAUGAUCGGCAACCGUUCCAAGCCGGAGUUCCUCAUCGGGCUGUCCGCGCUCAGCUCGUCCCGGAGGAAUCAGCACGCGCACAGGCAACAGGAACAGGUGCCGCAUCCCGAGCUCACCGAUCACCAGCGAGCCAACAUCCGGUCCAACCACCAGUCGAACCCCGUGCGGCCGUUCCUGACCCGCGGGUCCGUUGCCGAGCGCGUACUGAUCUUCGAAAAGUGUCCGACCGAGUUGAUGAAGAACUCCGCGACCAGUUCGGCCCAGUCGUGGAAGAACAUCGGUUCGGAUGUGCACACCAAGAUCCAGAACUAUUCAAAAGAAACAAAUCAGAAACCUGGAGCGCCUCCACCACAUACUACGUUACAAAGACAUACAAAAGCUAAUCGUAAUGUAUUCAUUCCUAGAUUUUAUUAUCCGUUUGGCAAACCUGAGAGCCAACAACAGUGGGAUAUAAUUGUUAAGACAAUCACAGAUUUCUUUUUGUCAUUGCCAAAUUCACAAGCUUCCAAACAUCAUUUUGGUCAAAUUUCAAAGUUAUGUAACUGUCCGCUUUAUUGGAAAAAUCCUUUAUUCAUUGCCUGUGGUGGGGAUUUAUCCAAUUCAAUAGAUUUAAAUACCUUCCUUAGUUUUUGGAAAGAUAUAUGGUCUUCUUGUCAUGAUUUGCCAUCAAAAUUUAUACGUAUUUUGUCAAGAAACUCAAAAAAACAAACUUUAUCUCCUGAAAACUUCAUCGUACUAGUCCAAGAUGUGGUUGAUUCGCAUCCCGGCUUAACAUUCCUGAAAACUGCACCAGAAUUUCAUUCUAGAUAUGUACACACGGUAAUAUCAAGAAUAUUUUAUAGUGUUAACACAUCAUGGAGUGGUGAUCUUAGCCUAGCAGAAAUCAGACGUUCUAAUCUGAUGCGUGUCAUUGACUUAUUAGAAAAGGAAGAAGAUAUUAAUCAAGUAACUGCUUAUUUCAGUUAUGAACAUUUUUAUGUUAUAUACUGUAAGUUCUGGGAGCUAGAUCGAGAUCAUGAUUUAUUUAUUAGCAAAACUGAUUUAGCCCGACACAGUGAUCAUGCUUUGUCCACAAGAAUAAUAGACCGAAUAUUUUCUGGAACAGUUACCAAAAAGAAGCAAAAAACUUCUAACAAUAAUUAUAUGGAAGAAAAAAUGAGUUACACCGAAUUUGUAUGGUUCCUAAUGGCUGAAGAAGAUAAACGACAUCCUAGAGCAGUUGAAUAUUGGUUUAGAUGUAUGGAUAUUGAUGGUGAUGGUUAUUUGUCAAUGUAUGAACUUGAAUAUUUCUAUGAUGAGCAACUUCAAAGAAUGGAAAGCAUAGGAAUUGAGUGUUUACCUUUUGAAGAUUGUUUAUGUCAGAUGCUUGACAUGAUUAAACCAAAGUGUAAGGAUAAAAUAUCAUUGGCUGAUCUCAAAGCUUGCAAAAUGACACCAAUAUUUUUUGAUACAUUCUUUAACCUUGAAAAGUACUUAGAUCACGAACAACGUGAUCCAUUUGCAUCACAAAGGGAUAAUGAGAAUGAACAUAACGAAAAUGGAAAUAAAUAUUAUAAGGCAUCUGAUUGGGAUAAAUAUGCUGCUGAAGAAUAUGAAAUGUUGGUAGCUGAAGAAGGUGGAAAUGAUGUCCCUGAGGAAAUAAAUGGAACUGAUAUUGAAGAUAUCCUGUCACCUAAUCUAGAUGAUGUAUUGAAUUCAUGUUCUUAUAAUAAAAUAUCCAAUCAGCCAAGAGUUUUAAUCACUGAUUUCUCUUCACCAUCUAAUAAUAUGUACGAUGAAAAUGACUCAUCUGACUAUGCUGGUGAUAGUGAUGAUGAUAUUUAAUUUUAUAUUCUUGAUAAUUAUAAUGCAAUUAACAUAAAUUGAUUACUAUUUGAAACCACGGGGAUUUGCAGACAUUAUAUUAUACCAAAGAAAGUAGUUGCUCAUAUUGUCCGCCUGCUCUCAAAUAAUUCUUCUUUUAUCUACUUAAACUCUGAUAAAUUCAUAAUUAUUCACUAAAUGUUAUAUAUUAAUUAAUGAGUGUUUUUGUUAUUAGAAUAUAUA